AUGCGCAUCGCAAUUAUCGGAGGAGGUCCCUCGGGCCUCGUGACACUCAAGUACCUCAAGCAGUCCCAGGAGCUCUUUCCGAACCAGCGGAUCGAGGUGAAGCUCUUCGAGGCUGCACCCAAGAUUGGCGGCAUCUUCUUCCACCACACCUACGAAAAGGCUGAGCUCGUGUCGUCCAAGUUUCUGACUAGCUUCUCGGACUUUCGCCCCCGUCGCGACGACCCCGAUUUCCUCUCAGCGGAACGCUAUGUCGAAUACCUCGAAGAGUAUGCGACCGAGUUUGACCUCUGGCCGAGCAUUCAUCUGUCAACGAAGGUCGCCUCGGUAGUUCGCGGUGAUAUUUCAGGUCACGUCAUCAAGUAUGAGACGCCCGAGGGAGAGAUCGAGUGGGAGUGUGAUGCCGUUGCCGUCUGCUCCGGCCUCCAUGACCGACCCAACAUUCCUGACCUCAAGGGCGUCGAGAAUGUGCCGGUGGUGAUGCACUCGGAGAAGUUCAAGCACAGUGAGCAGUUUGGCGUCGACAAGACCGUCAUGGUCAUUGGCGUGGGCGAGACAAGCUUCGAUAUCUGCGCCCUGGCCAUCAACGCGCCGACCAAGAGAGUCGUCCGCAUUGCCAACACUCGCCUGUUCCCCAGCAUCUGGGAGAUUCCCGAAGAAGAGAACAAGACAUUCCUCGACGGCUCCCUUCCCAUCGACGUCAGUCACCUGUCGCUCUUUGACACGAGCUACGUGCACCCUCUCGCCCGAGACUCGAUGAUCGUGUGGGACCACUACGACUCGGUAGCCGUCGGCAGCAGCUGGGUUUCCACCGGCACGGCCCUCGGGUUUGACCAGUUCGUCGGGCCCGUCGCUCCCGAACGUCUUCAUGCUUCGCGCCUCUUCUUCAACAAGGCCUGGACCAAGGUCUCGAAGCACAUUUCGCCGCCCUACCGCCCUACCGAGCCCGCCACACUGGGCGACCGCAUCCGCAACUUCAUGGUCCGCACCCCAGUCGAGGUCGCCGACCGCCUCAUCGAUGUUGCACCCUAUCCCACGCAUAUUGACGACAAUGGCGUUGCCCACUUCCGCGACAACGGUGGUGAGGACUACCAGCGCAUUAAGAAUGAGGUCAUCAAGCCUGAUGUCAUCGUCUUCGCGACCGGCUAUCUCCAGAGCUUCCCCUUUCUCGAGGCAAAGGCCAACACGGGUCGCAAGCCCUACCCCCGGGCCGACGAGGCCGACGUGCGCGAGAUUUGGAGGCGUGACGACCCGACGGUCGGUUUCAUUGGAUUCGUUCGCCCUGGCUUUGGUGCGAUUCCGCCGCUGUCGGAGCUGCAAGCCAUGCUCUGGAUUCUCAAUCUUGCCGGUCGGGUGAAGAAGCCGUUGAAGCUUGACGACCAGUGGCACUACCGCAUCAUCGCGCCACCGAGCGCCAGACUGACGUAUGGAGUUGAGCACGACAGCUAUGCUUUCCAGCUCGCCGAGGACAUGGAUGCCGUUCCGGGCAUCAAGGAUGUUGUGAGGCUAGGCCUGACCAAAGGCACCGGACCCUUCUGGAGAUUGCCCUGGAUCUGGGCGUCUGCCCCGAAUUUCACGGUCAAGUUCAGGCUGGUCGGUCCCUGGGCAUGGGAGGGUGCGACGAACGUGAUGACCGACGACAUGUGGGAAGUUGUUUCGAGAAGGAAGGGACUGUUCAACAACUUCACCCUCGGUUUGAUGCCAAUGAUGCAGCUCGGGCCGGUCCAUCUUUUCCUCUUUUUUUACGCUCUAUUCUUCAACUUCCUCGCCGUGUUUGGUUUGGCCAAGCCUGUCAAGCCUGUUAGUGAGCCGAAGAAGAGGAUCGAGGAGCUCGCGCGAAGGGAGAAGAAGCUGGAGGGCAUCAAGAUCAACGGCACACACUGA